AUUGAUCCCCCUUCCUUUCUCCACUUUGGAUUUUUUUUUCAAGAGAUAUAGAAGUAUUGAAAGUUCGCCAUUUUUCUUUAUUCGACUUGUUCCAUUUUUUGAUCAUCGUCAUCGUUAUAGGGGAAUUAUAUUUCUUUGUUUAAUGGUUGUGAGACGUCAUCAGAUGAGAUUUAUUGGAUGAAUAUUCGACUAUAAAUUACCAUUAUCAUCUCAAAUUCCAUAUCCACCAACCAGCGGAAAUAACUCCGAGUAACUGAUCCUACGAGCAAAUCGAUAUAUUUGCGAUCAUCCCCAAAACUCGUCGUUGAAAAUCAAAAUGGUAGGAGGAUUAGAUGAUUCGGAUCAAAAGGUGGAGAGAGCGGAGGUUGAACAAUAUGAGACAAAUCCACCAGCAAAGAGAUCAUUCGGUGGAAAAGUAAAAAGACAUUGUGCUCGAUUUUGGUGGAUUCAUCUUAUAAUUUUCUGUAUCUCAUUUCUCAUCAUUGCAUUAUGUCUUGUUUAUGUCGCUAUGCCUAAGAUUGCUCAAGAUGGUGUUAAUGAUUCUUCUCUCGAAAUCACACAACUCAAAUUCACAGAUCCAACGCCGGACACCAUUGUUCUCAGUCAAGUAGGAAUUCUUCACAGUCCUUCAAUGUACACACCUACUCUUGACCCUUUCAACGCCUCCUCAUACCUAGUCACCAAUGGACAAUAUGCUUCAUCCCCAAUGGUCAUCAUUUCUCUCCCCAAAAUCCACGCUCUCCAUCCUAAAUCCACCAUCUCCGUCGAAAACCAAGAAGUAUCAAUCGUCAGCAUCGACGCGCUUUCGGACUACACCACCGCAGUCCUCUCCAACGAAUACGUCACCACCGCCCUCGUGGGAAAAACCAAACUCCACGAAGGCGCCCUCCCCGUCAUCACCGUAAACUACAACCAAACAUCCACAUACAAAGGACUCAACGGACUCAAAGGAUUCAACGUCACCAACGUCCGCGUCAACCUCACUGCGCUCUCCGGCCCCAAUCUCUCCGGCUACGCAUAUAUUCCCAACCCCUCCGACAUGACCAUCGCCAUGGGCGACGUCACUUUGGAACUCUCCACCGCCACGGGCGUGGUAGGGAAUUCCACCAUCGCAAAUAUGACCCUCGUACCCGGAAACAACACCCUCCCGAUGACGGGAACGAUGGAUCAAACAAAGGUACUCGCAAGCGCGGAUCUGAAGACGGGAAUCGUGCAGUUGGGGAUUGUGGGUAAGAGUGCGAUUUACAAUGGGGAACAUCUGGUGUAUUAUGAGAGGGCGCUUGCGAGUAAUAAGUUGAGCUUGGCGUUGAAUGUGGCGCAGGUGGUGAAGGAUAGUGCGGGGGGGUUGAUUUGAGAGUGGGAGAUAGGAAGUGGCGGAGUCGAGUGGAGUGGAGGAGGAUGAAGGGAUUGGGAUUACCUACCUACCUAUGGAAAUAAUUAAUUAAUUUCUCACCUGGUGUGAAAGAAUAGUCAGUCGUGUGUUUGUGUUUUGGGUAAUGAGUUAUGAGUUCAACCUACUCUUUUCCCUGUUGCGAUACUGCGAGAGUAAUGAAUGAAACAUUUUGGGGGCUGGAAGUUAGUCGUGUUUGUUGCUUAAUUACUUACAUGAUUAUCCAUUUUGCUUAUUUUUCAGAGGAGCGAAUAGCCCCUGGCAUUGAAGUUAAAUUGCUAAAUUCGGUCGCGACGAUCACGCGCUCAAAUAGUUCCUUAUCUUAGCACGUCUAAAUACCCUUAGGGAGGUCCAAAACAGACGCUAAUUAAUAUAAAUAAAUUGCUUAUUUAAGG